AUGUUAUUCAUCGCCUCCUCCGAUUUUCAUGGACCCGAGCCGCUGCUCCAGCCUCCGAGCGGAGCCGUCAAGUCGAUCAAACCUCGGUGGUCUGGAAUAUCACGUGAUGCACGUCAGCGAGGAUUUGAGCCUGAAGCGGGCCUUCAAUUCUUAACUCCACGCCGGAAGAACCUGACUUUCUCCGAAUUCAAAACCGCCGUCGCCAAGCUCUCUUACGCCUUAAACAACCACCUGGGUAUCACCAAGAACGACGUCGUUCUCAUUUUCGCCCCUAAUUCAAUCCAAUACCCCAUCUGCUCAUACUCAAUCAUCGCUCUUGGCGCCAUUGUCACCACCGUCAACCCUCAGUUGACCAUCGAAGAGCUAUCAACACAAAUUCAAGACUCUAACCCAAAACUCAUCAUCACCGUUCAGGAACUGUAUCAAAAACUUGAAAAUUUUGACCUCCCGGUUGUGUUUUUAGGAUCAAAAAGUUCAAGAAACGGGUGUUUUUCAUAUCAAGAUUUGAUUUCAAGAUCUGGGUCAGUCUCAGAACUUCCUAAUGUCUCGAUUCGAGGAGAUGAUACCGCGGCCUUACUCUACUCUUCUGGGACAAUAGGCGUUCGUAAGGGUGUGAUUUUGAGCCACAAGAACUUCAUCGCAGCUUCACAAAUGGUGACUUCUGAUCAAAGAUUAAUGGGGGAACAAGAUUACGUACACUUGUGUUUCUUGCCGAUGUUUCAUAUAUAUGCAUUUUCGGUUAUACUAUAUUCUCAAUUACAGGAAGGGAAUACCAUUAUAUCAAUGGGGAAGUUUAGUUUUCAUGGGGUUUUAAAGAACAUCGAUACGUAUAGAGUGACACAUUUAUGGGCUGUUCCACCUGUUAUACUUUCUUUCACUAAGCAAAAUGUGGUCAAGAGGUUUCAUAUUUCGUCACUGAAAGUAAUCAUUUCGGGUGGUGCACCAUUAGGGAAAGGGUUGUUAAUGGAGUGCACCAAGAGGUUCCCUCAUGUUUUCGUUCUUCAGGGAUAUGGUAUGACUGAAACAACAGCAGCCAUCUCAAUGGGGAGUCCAAUUAUGGGUCAUGGAGUACUCUCUGGUUCAACCGGGAGGCUUUUACCUGGAAUCGAGGCUCAAAUAGUUAGUCUAGAUACCAAUAACUACGAGUCUCUUCCUCCUAAUCAUAUUGGCGAGAUAUGGGUUCGAGGAGCUAGCAUGAUGCAAGGUUAUCUCAAUAAUCCUCAGGCUACGAGGCUUAAAAUAGAUGAACAUGGUUUCGUACAUACUGGCGAUCUUGGAUAUUUUGAUGAUAAAGGUCAAUUAUUCGUGGUUGAUAGGGUUAAAGAUCUCAUUAAGUCUAAUGGGUUUCAGGUUGCACCCUCAGAGCUUGAAGCACGAUUGCUUUCACAUUCUGAAAUAUUAGAGGCUGCAGUAAUCCCGUAUCCAGAUAAUGAAAGGGGUGAGGUCCCGAUUGCAUUUGUGGUUCGGUUUCCAAACUGUUUUUUGACUGAACAAGAUGUUAAUAGGUUCAUUGCUAACCAGGUUGCUCCUUAUUUUCAAUUGAGGCGAGUGAUAUUUCUAGAUAGCAUUCGGAAGUCGGCUUCAGGGAAGAUUCUCAAACGUGUACUUGUUGAAGAAGUCAGAUCUAGGGUAUACGAUUUCAUGUGUAAUGAAUUUGAUAGACGAUUGUGCGUGUAA